GUUUUCAAAAAAUAAUCAAACUUAAUCUCAAAACACAAUGGAUCGAAUACAGGAGAACCAGAAGAAGGCAACAAAUCUCUGUGAGUUGUACGCCGACGGCAACGAUGACGACAGCGAGAAAGAGCAACAGGAUCGUGGACUUGACGCUCAAUUUCUGCUCCGUUCCACUCCAGAGGACGUCGAAAAGUACAUGAUUCACGUGCGGAAGCAAUUGAUGGAGGGAGAAGGCGAGUGUCUUGUCGAGCUCGGAGCACCGAUUAAUUCGAAUUCGAAAAAUCCGAAAAGCGGACUCAGCGAGGAGGAUCUGGACAAGGCGGCCGACGCGCAGCUGAAAAUUCUCGAGAAAAUCCCGGCGGUCGGCACGAAAGUCAUCCGGCGAAAGCAGACGGGCGGAGGUAGUCUUUUCACCGAAGUCUGGAUAAUUCGUGAUCCGCCGACUGAGAAGGAUUUUAUAGAGGCGCGUGUCGCUGUCGUCGGAAAUGUAGACGCCGGAAAAUCGACGUUGCUCGGUGUGCUCACACAUUCGGCGCUAGAUGACGGUCGUGGAGCGGCCAGAACGAAACUUUUCAGACAUAAGCACGAAUUUGAGAGUGGAAGAACUUCUUCGGUGGGAAACGACAUUCUCGGAUUCGAUGUGCACGGAAAUAUUGUCAAUAAACCGGAUCCCCAUAAUCACAAUCUUGACUGGGUGCAAAUUGGCUCAGACUGCGCGAAACUGGUCACUUUCAUAGAUUUGGCGGGCCACGAGAAAUAUCUGAAAACCACAAUCUUUGGAAUGACAGGCCAUAUGCCGGACUACACGAUGCUCAUGAUCGGAGCCAAUAUGGGAAUUAUUGGAACGACAAAAGAGCAUCUCUCGUUGGCUCUUUCACUCCAUGUGCCUGUCUAUCUUGUGGUCACCAAGAUUGAUAUGUGCCCGGCGAAUAUUCUCGAGGAGACGAUGAAAAAUAUUACGCGGCUUGUGAGAAGUGCCAAGAAACUGCCGAUUUUGGUCAGAAAUAUGGACGAUGUUGUGCACGCCGCUGUCAAUUUCCCGAGCAAAAAAGUGUGCCCAAUCUUCCAAGUGUCAAAUGUGGAAGGCACCAAUCUUCCACUCCUCCGUCAAUUCCUGAAUAUUGUGCCACUGCGGCGACAGUUGAACGAGAAUGAUCCGGCGCAUUUCCAGAUCGAUGACAUUUACUGGGUCGACGGUGUUGGAACAAUUGCCAGUGGAACUCUGCUCUCUGGAACUAUUCGUCUCAAUGAUAUUCUCCUUCUUGGACCAACUUCCAACGGUGAUUUCAUGCCGAUUCCGAUUAAAUCGAUUCAUCGUAAACGAAUGCCUGUUGGAAUUGUCAAGUGUGGACAGUCUGCAUCGUUUGCGCUCAAAAAAAUCCCGAAAAAAGACGUGCGAAAAGGAAUGGUUCUGGUGGAUCCGAAGGUGAAACCGGUGGCGAGUAUGGUUUUUGAAGCGGAAAUUCUUGUACUUCAUCACCCGACAACUAUCAAACCGAAUUAUCAAGCUAUGCUUCAUAUUGGAUCGGUUCGUCAGACUGCGACGUUGGUUUCCAUGGGAAAGGAAGUGCUUCGAACUGGCGACCGUGAUAAAGUGCAAUUCAAAUUCAUUCGUCAGCCCGAAUAUAUUCGUCCGGGUACCAAAAUGGUAUUCCGCGAGGGACGUACUAAAGCCGUCGGAACAGUUAGCUCGGUUGUACCACAAGAAUCUCUUGCUCAACAGAGAGCCAAACAGAAGGAUGGUAGACAGAAGCAAUACGGCAAAAAAUCGAUGGGACCAAAACCGCCAAACGGAAAGCCAAAAGAAAAAAUCGAGAAGAAGCUGGACGCACUCAGCAUCGAACAACUCACCUCUGCUGCCUCCACCUCCACCUCAUCCACCUAACUGGUUUCACCGUACCCCAAAUUUUGUAAAAUUUUUUGAAAAAAAUUGUAAAAUUCUCUCUCAACCGGGCUUCACCUCACAUUGUGUAAUUUUUUGAUGCUGUGUAUUUAUUAUUACCCCCAAUUCCUCCUCUCUGUUCAUUUUUGUAUGUACCGGGAUCUCUCCUCAUACCAUCAAUCACCACUAUCUCCCUCUCUAAUCAAAAAUAAUUUCUCUGAAAAGCCCCAUUUGUUUUUAGCUGAAAAUGAAUCUCUGUAAAAU